UGCAGUGGCCGUUGAGAAGAGAAAGCUGUAAAGAAGUCAUCUACGUCUAGCCAGUGGUAGGGUCAAUAUCGCAAGAAUUAUACAAAAAGAAAUGGCUAGGCUGACGGACUAAUCCAACUCCAACAAACUUAAAAUGCUUUGUAAGUGGAGAGAAUCCUUCUUUAAACUCGUUACAAUUUAAGCUUUUACAUUACAUUAUAAGAUAACUGGCCGUGAUCGUUUAGACUAGAGCAACCAAGGAGGUGUCCGUACGUCUCUUGGUAUUUGGCGUUAUUUUGUACGUUUUUGCCAAAUAACUGUCACUUGUGGACGAAGGAUCUUUUUUUUUGCCUCCAAAAAACAGUAAAGAUGCCUGGGUGAGUGGCACUGUGGAAUUACAUUCGAACUUGCAGCCUUGACUUUAACCGAACGGACGGGGUCUACGUUGACUGUUAUAAGAUUUUUUUACGAAUUGCCGGAAUGUUAUAAAAACUGGCCGUUUCCGCGGGACAGAGGGACUCAGAGAAUAAGGUCGACUGACAAAACGACUGACGGGCGAGCAAAAAACUAAGGAUAUUAUGGCUCUCACAGCAGUCUCCCUCUGUCUCCUCUUGUUCGCCUCUACAAACUUGCACCUGGCCCACGGGAAUAACCGCCAUGCUGUGUACUGGAACAGCUCAAACAUUCAGACAGAGGAUCCACCACAAAAACUCCUGGAAGGUCAAACUUCAACAUAUCACUGAACUGAAGAUGAUGGGUUGGAGGGCUCACCAGGAGACCAGCUGCAGUGCUCACAUAUUAGCCUAUAGGACUUUCAUAGAAGCACAGCUUCCUUGCAUCAUGUUUUGUUUGCGGAGGGAGGGUUACACGGUCCAGGUCAACGUCAACGACUACCUGGACAUCUACUGCCCGCACUACAACCUGAGCCAGAGGGGGGCACUAGAGCGUGGUGUGGCCGAGCAGUACGUGCUCUACAUGGUCAGCUACCGCGGCUACCGCACAUGUGACCCACAGAUGGGCUUCAAGCGCUGGGAGUGUAACCGGCCACAUGCACCCCAUGCACCCAUCAAGUUCUCGGAGAAGUUCCAGCGCUACAGCGCCUUCUCGCUGGGCUACGAGUUCAGUGUGGGCCAUGAGUACUACUACAUCUCCACACCCACUCAUCACCACGGUCACAGCUGUUUAAGACUGAGGGUGUUUGUGUGCUGCUCGACAGUUUCUCAUGCAGAUGAUGACUCAGACCAGAGCCCUCCUGACUACACAGUCAGACCUAAAAUACAUGACAUUGAUGAGUUUAACCCCAAGAUCCCCAAACUGGAAAAGAGUGUCAGUGGCAGCAGUCCAUCUCGAGACCGACUGCUGAUCACUGUGGCGAUGCUCCUCCUUGCUGCCCUCCUCAUCUCCUAGCAGUUGUCUCCCUUGUGACAUUCCAAAGCUAGCUUUGGGAUCAAAGGGAACAGCCGAUCAGAGUACAGGAAAACUACUAGUAAAACUUUGAUAGGCAACUGAACUAUAGAUUUACCACACCCAAACAGUGGCCUUUGGCACCGAGACUUGGAUACCUACUGAAAUUAAUGGAGUCACAAUGGCUGCACUUGGAUGAAUGUACCUCUAAGUGUUGAAAUCUGAACUUGCCUUUUUGAUUGAACAUCUACUCUACCUUCUCCCUAAGAGGAGAAGAAGGAGGAGGAAGGCCUUGAAUGAAACACUCAAGUGUUUCUUUUGCAACUAUAUCAACUGCUUGCAGUUUUAAAAAUGAACAUGCUGGAUUAGUAGGAACUAUCAUGACUCAAAACAUACUGCAAUAGCAACUACUCAGUCUGAAAUGUGUCAGUUACUGUGUUGCUGCUGAAAGGCAAAACUGUAUCCAUUGCCAUGGUAAAGCUGAUAAAGCUGAGUAAGACAUCCAGGACAACCACAAACAGGCAUGGUUGUCAUUUUUGUUGGUCACUGCAACACAGUUUCUGAAUGUUGCACAAUUGUAGAAGUACUAACCCUUGCUUCUGUAUUUGCUGAUAUUCAAUGAAUUCAUUCAGCAGGAGUGUGAAGGUGGCCAUCAGAUGCUGUUCCAAGACCCUUUUAAGAUUACAGUCCAGUGUACUGAUCUUGAAUCAGCACCCAGAGUUACAUACUGGGUCUAAUGACCUUCAUGUGGGCCGUUUAUGACCAAAACACUUCACUGUCUGCAUAUUCUCUUUCCUCCAGACCUUAGAAAUCACUUCAGAUGAGGAUUUUGUGAUUAAUGGGAAAUCACAUCAGUGUUAUUGAAAAAUAAAUACUUCUUUCAAGGCAAUUUCCUGUGAUGUUUAUCACCAUGGAAAUAACCCUGUAUAAUGACUGGACUGUGCCUGAGGUGUGUCACUGUUUAGCAUAGCAACCAUUUUGUAAAAGCAUACCAGUUGUAAACUGCAGUUUACCAUUUUAUAUUGUAGAAUUGCAGCACUGAAUUACUGUAUUGUACAGUUCACAUUUUGCUUUGUUUGCAUAUAAUUGGUGCUUUAUUUCUUGAUCUACUAAUUUCUUGAUUAUUUAUUUAUUAGGUGACUAUUGUAUGUGGUUUUAAGAAAGUUUGAUGCUUCAGGGAUUCUCUAAAAUGUGAUUCCCGAUUUUGCCAAAUACCAAAAUAUUUUUUGUUUAGUUUGGGUUUUUUUGUCAUUUUAUUUUUCCCUUUAUAUAUUUGUUUGUUUGUUUGUUGUCCUUCGUGGAAAUGUGCAAGCUUCUUCAGCUUUUCAUUGUGAUAUUUCACUGAGCCAGAUAACAGAAAAAAAACUAUAAAUAAACAACAUUUCUUUAGUAUAUUUAGGACAAUGAUCUCCAGCAAGGGUUAGGUGUUAAAAGGGACAAAGGACUGAGUUUGAAAAAAAAAAAGCCUAGAUCAUGUUGCUGCACUACUGGUCUUCAAGAGUGUUUAUAUGUGUGUAUGUGUGUUGCGAGUGUGCACGUUAUGGGGACACGUGUGAUUAUAUGGGUGCAUUUUAGCAUUUUCGUAUUUGUUUAGGUUGCAUUUGUAGGUUUUCAAUAUGCAAGUAUGUGUGAGACAGGAGGGGAGGGGGGUGGGGGGAGUCAAUAACAGGAAACAUUUGUCAUUGGAAACAGCAGUACAGGUCGUGUUUACCUUUGAGUAGAAUGACUAAAAACAUGUCAAGAAAUCAUGAAAGGCAAUGAGAAUUAAACUCAGAAUAAAGCAUUCUACUUUUA